UCAAAAAUCUACUAAACAACACUGAAACUAAUACAGCAUGAAACAUAAUUAUGCUAGUUGCCUGGAGUCACGUGACCACACACACACACGUGACACACACACGGAAGCGACUGUCAUGAUGCACAUUACACACUGCUCCCAGGAACACAGGGUUUGGUGAAGCCAUGUGGAGGAUAAGAGGGUGUCUGCUGCUCCUGGCCACCACAUGUUGGCUAAGAGGCCAUGCCAAAGACAACAAGGAUCCUCCACGUCAUGUGUCUGUGGUUAUUGUAGGUGCCACCGGUGACCUGGCCAAAAAAUAUCUUUGGCAAGGAAUUUUCCAUCUUUAUGCCAGCCAAGUAGACAAAGGCCACACUUUCUCGUUCUAUGGAGGCGGCCUCUCUUCAGCUGAAAAGGGCACACCGCUGCUUUUUGAGAUAUUAAAGGAGCUGAAAUGCCCAUUGGGACUUACAACUGAGCGUUGCGCUCUGGUUAAAGAGCAGUUCUUGCGACUGUCCCAGUAUCUGCAGCUUAAGAGUGUGGAGGAUUAUGAGAAGCUCAGUGAUCAAAUCCAGUUGCAGCUCAAGCAGGAGGGCAUGAUGGAAGCAGGGAGGCUUUUUUACAUGUCUGUUCCAGCCUUUGCUUAUGCUGAAAUCGCAGAAAAGAUCAAUAGCACCUGUCGACCCCAAGCUGGAGCAUGGCUCAGGGUUGUUCUGGAGAAGCCAUUUGGACACAGCUUCAGCAGUGCCCAACUUUUAGCCACACAGCUGUACAGUUUUCUGAAAGAGGAGGAGAUGUACAGGAUUGAUCACUAUUUAGGGAAGCAGGUUGUCUCCCAAAUAUUGCCCUUUAGGAAAAAAAAUCACAAGCUUCUAAAGCCGAUUUGGAACAAGCACCACAUUGAGAGAAUAGAGAUUGUCUUGAAGGAAAUAUUGGAUUGCAAAGGCCGGAUUCAGUUUUAUGACCAAUACGGGGUCAUCAGAGACAUGCUCCAGAACCACCUUACAGAAAUUAUGACCCUUUUAAUGAUGAACAUACCUGCUAACAUGUCCAACAGCGAAGAGGUCCUACGGAACAAGCUCAAAGUCUUCAGUGGCCUUGAAUACAUGGAUCGAAGAAAUGUGGUUGUAGGUCAGUAUCAGGGCUAUAAUGCAGAAGUCCAGAUGGAACUCAACAAAACAAAGGAUUAUUUCAGCCUUACCCCAACUUUUGCUGGUGUGGUCAUUUUUGGAAACAGUCCUCAAUACGACGGCAUUCCCAUAUUUAUGUCAUCGGGUAAGAUGCUUGAUGAACGUGUUGGAUAUGCUCGAGUUCUUUUCAAAAAUAAUAAAUUUUGCAUUCAGGAAUACAGCAGUGUCCACUGCAAGCCCAAACAGAUUGUAUUCUAUUUCGGCCACGGGAAUCUCCAAUAUUCAGCAAUUCUUGUUAGCAAAAAUUUGUUUAAACCAGAUGUGAUAAACAGUGAUUGGAAAGAGGUUACAGAGCAUAAAGCCAUUUCCGUGCUUGGGUUACCACUCUCUGACUAUCACAUCCAGUCCCCAGCGGUGCCCACAGAGGCCUAUUAUGAGCUCAUAUCUAAUGUGUUCUAUGGACGUAAAGAUAGUUUUGUCAGUGCACAGAACCUCAUGGCCUCCUGGGCUUUCUGGACACCGCUCUUGAACAGCCUGGUCAAUGUCGUUCCACGGCUAUAUCCAGGCGGUGCAGCUAACGGUGACCUCCUGAACAUUCAGCUGCAAAGUCGGUCGGUUGGAUUCAUUAGUGAUGAGGAGGUGAAUGUGAUUCAACAAGGUCCGGAAGAGAACUUCCAGGUUAUGCAAGGAAAGUUCCGCAAUGCCGAAAUGGUGUCUGCCUGGUCUAAGGAAUUAGUGGAGCGCUUAGCCUCUGAUCUGCACAACACGGCUGAAGAGGUUGUUCAGGCUGAAGGUCAAUUCCAUCUGGCCUUGUCAGGAGGUUCCAGCCCCAUUGCCCUGUUUCUUCAACUUACACAGCACCAUUACACUUUCCCGUGGCACAGCACUCAUGUUUGGUUAGCAGACGAACGGUGUGUGCCACCCACUGAGGCAGAUUCCAACUUCCGUUCGAUUCAUGACCAGCUCCUGCAGAAUGUUCAUAUUCCUUACUUCAACAUCCACCCCAUGCCAGUGCAGCUCAAUCAGCGCUUGUGUGUUGAGGAAGAUGGUGGUGCAAUCCUUUAUGAGAAACAAAUAAACGAGCUAGUCAAUGGUUCUCGUUUCCAUUAUAUACUGCUUGGUGUAGGUGAGGAUGGUCACACUGCUUCACUGUUCCAAGACAGCAGUCUGCAGAAUAAUGGAGACAAAUUGGUGGCCCUGACUGAAAGUCCAAUCAAACCUCACCAGCGGAUGAGUCUUACAUUCACUGCCAUCAACAAAGCACACAGGGUAGGAAUACUGAUCAUGGGGAGAAGAAAACAUGAGCUUGUAGUUCAGCUCAGUAGAAUUAAGGGUAAAACUUCCAAGUAUCCAAUCACAAGUGUAGAACUAAAAGAUGGCCAUUUAACAUGGUAUAUAGACUAUGAUGCACUUUUAGGAUAAGAUCUAGUAACCUCAGGAAUACAAGGGAGUAGUAUAAUUAUAUACUGUUAAUUAAAAUACUCAGGGACUGACUGGGUGUUUGGGGGAUUUGAUAAAUACUCUUAUUACUCUUAAAAGUAGUAAACACAAUUUACUAUAUUAUUCAUAGAGAAACUUUGUGUUAAAAUAUCAACAUAGAAGUGGAACCGCCUUGGAAUACUUAGGAUGGAAUUAAAAUCCAGUGAGAAUAAUAGUCCAGAAAUCCUGAGCUGAAGAAAAAAAAAAACUUUGCCAGUUUCCAUAGCUGAUUUUGAGUAAUUCCAAAUUAACCAAAAUAUUUUAAAGAGAAAACUGGGAGAUCAUCUUUUAUUACUGUACACUUGUCUGCUUUUUCACCCUUUGUAUAACAGACUUCAUAGCAUAGUUUUCUAUUCCACUGUGCUACUUUUUUCUGUUCUCUGUACCUUUCAGUUUGGUUACAAACCUUGAAACUGUGAAUAUUAAUACAAAAAGACAAUAAAUUUGAUAUUUGAAAUAGUUUAUUGUGCUAAUUUUAGAGAGAAGGGAAUUUUUUAUGAACAUGUUUCAAUCUAAAAGCAUUUUCUGUGAUAAAUUUAAUAGAUUACAGAGUCUGCUUUUAAUAGACUGCAUUCUGAAACGAGUAUAGAUACUCUGGGCCCAUGCAGACUCAAUUAGAGAUGUUUUUAAUGUGUACAUAGUGAGAAAGGGUCACAUAAUAUGUUAGGACUCGUCAUGUAGAAUGAAAAAAAAGUAUGAUCGGUGGGAAUAUGUGUCUGGGAAGCUUUCAUAAAUCCAUGGUCUUGUAUAUCACUGGUUUGAGUAUUUUUGAUGGUUGAUUAUUGUAUAUAUAAAUUUCUGUGGUCUUUCAGGUGUAGUCACAGCAGAAAGUGUCAUUCCAUUUUGCCAAGCCCAUAUUGGCUAUUUAAGGCAUUCCAGAAAUAUAUAAAAUGAUAUUUGUCACAUUGUGCAACUAAAUAAAAUACCUUAAGUGCCUUUUGUAAUAGUUAUUAAUGUUGGAAGUCUGACACAAACCAAAUGAUGUUAAUCCAAUUGUUAAAUAAAAUAAUAAAUGAAUAUAUAUAUAUAUAUUUUUUUUUUUUCCAUAUAAAAUGAAAUUGCAUUUUGUCUGGAAAAAGGUUUUGUGGAGAACAUGGAAAGGGGGGUGACAUUGGGGUGGAAUUUUCAUUGAUAUAUACAUAUCAAUAUCUAACUGAUAAUGUUUUUUUUACUGGUUUCCAUUUUAAUGCCAUUUGAAAUUAUGUGGGCUGCUUUAAAAUGUUUUGUACUGUAAAUUCUUAAAUCACAGCAUAUAUGUGUACUGAUAAACAUGCAUUAUUUAGUGCCAGUCCAUUCAGUAGGUUUCACAAAGUAAAUAAAGACUUAUCAUAUAAAA